AUGCUCGUGUUUUAUAACAAUGGUGGGGCGGUUAUGCGUUUGCACUCUCCUGACAUGAUACAUGUUAAAGAGGAAAAAAUUGUAUUUUCAAUGGUUACAGUUUUAACGAGAACUCUAGCCCUUAGUUUGGUUCCUGUUGGGGAAGAAUUGUGUGGGUUUAUUGAGCUUCUUAUUCAAGCUGACACGUAUAAUCAGAAGACACAAUGUUAUCUUACAAUUGACACCUAUUUUUCACUCACGAGGCUCAUGGUCGCCAUUGUAUCCGAUCAAAAUUAUUACAAUGUCGUUUAUGGAGCAUCAAUGAUUGAACUCAUUUUAGAUGUGUUGGAGCUACUUAUGUCGUUGGUUUGCGCUUCCCCGUACCAGGAUGUAUGUAAAGAAGAAUAA